AUGGCUGUUAUAAUUAGGUCACUUGUGCUAGUCCUAGUGAGCUUAUUAUGGUUCUCUCUUCUAAUCGAUUCAUCGAUAGCUGAUCCGCUUCAAUAUUGUGAUGCACCAUAUUUCGAUAGCUCUAAUUUCCCUGAUAAGUUCCAUUUUGGUGCUGCUACUGCAGCAUAUCAGGUUGAAGGUGCAGCAUUUGUUGGUCGAGGUCCUAGCAUCUGGGACAAUUUUACUCAUACCUAUCCAGACAGAAUAGCAGAUCAAAGCAAUGGAGAUGUUGCGGUGGAUUUCUAUUACCGAUAUAAGGAAGACAUCAAAAGAAUAAAAGAAAUGAACUUGGACUCCUUCAGAUUCUCCAUCUCAUGGAGUAGAUUAUUGCCUAAUGGCAAACUAAGCGGAAGCGUGAGCGAGGAGGGUGUUGCAUUUUACAAUGAUCUGAUCGACGAGAUCAUAUCGAAUGGUCUAACUCCUUUUGUUACAAUAUUUCACUGGGAUACUCCACAAGCCUUGGACGAGGAGUAUGGUAACUUUUUAAGUUAUGACAUUGUGAGUGAUUUUCAAGACUACGCUGAACAGUGCUUCCUGUUAUUUGGCGAUCGAGUUAAACAUUGGAUCACUUUGAAUGAGCCGGUUAGUUACACUAACUCCGGGUACAAUCUUGGCACGUUCGCACCAGGCCGGUGCUCGAAAUUUAUGAAUAAUGCAUGCCAAGCCGGAAACUCAUCCACCGAGCCUUACAUUGUGACUCACAAUCUUCUUCUAGCUCAUGGAGCGGCUGUCCAAUUAUAUCGGGAGAAAUAUCAAGAAGCUCAAAAGGGGAAGAUUGGGAUAACCCUAAUUUCGUAUUGGUUCGAGCCUUAUAACUCUGAGAAUCCUCUUGACUCUGUAGCAGCAUCGACCGCCGUAGAUUUCAUGUUUGGUUGGUAUUUGGGUCCUAUAACCUUUGGGAAGUAUCCACAAAGUAUGAUAACAAAUGUCGGGGAUCGUUUGCCGGUUUUCACAGCUGAACAAUCUAAAAUGCUAAUAGGAUCCAUUGAUUUUCUUGGGUUGAAUUACUACACAACAUAUUAUGCAGCUUAUAACGACACAAUUAGCGAUAUCAGCUAUACAUCGGACCAACAUUUGACUGUGCAUUAUAGUAUCGAAGGAAUACCAAUUGGUCCACAGGCAACUGGUUCGAAGUGGAUUUAUAUUUAUCCUAAUGGAAUUCGAUAUCUUUUGAACUAUACCAAGGAUACCUACAAUGUUUCACUAAUUUAUAUCACUGAGAACGGGAUUGGCGAGGCCGACAAUUCUUCGCUAACACUGAAUGAAGCUCUUUACGAUCCUUGGAGGAAGGAGUACUAUCGCUGUCAUCUUUGGAAUGUUCUUAGAUCAAGGAACGAGUACAAUGUGAAUGUUCAAGGUUACUUUGCAUGGUCAUUGAUGGAUAACUUUGAAUGGGCAGAUGGUUACACAACUAGGUUUGGUCUCUAUUACAUUGACUACAAAGACAGCUUCAAAAGGUAUGCAAAGAACUCUGUCGAGUGGUUCAUGCAAUUCUUAAAGACCAACAAACAGAAAUCUUAG